GUAGCUCUACGCACUUCGUAGCCGUCGUAGCAACUCGUAGCAAUGGCUGUCUGUGGUGAAUCUUGUCGCUUGGCGGUUCUCUGCCUAGUCCUGUCUUGGUGUGCGCUGACGGCGCUAUCGGCUCCCGCGCCGCUCUGCGCCGGCGCAGUGGAAGAUGACCCGCGCGCGGCCCGCUUCUGCCAAGCGCUGAACACCUUCUUAGAAUUGUAUGCCGAGGCGGCUGGGGAACAAGUGCCAGAGUACCAAGCUCUAGUACGCGACUACCCCCAACUCCUUGACACGGGAAUGAAGCGGCAAGACGUUGUCCACUCGUUCCUCCGCUUCGGGCGUCGGCGCUGACGCGUCCCGUCCCGUCCCCGUCGCGUCCCCCACCGGCAUCGCACAUAAAACGACGCGCAUACCAGUAGGUCACCUACGACAAUGCUUCACCCCUUAUUAAACUCGUUACUUUGUCCAAAACAUACUUAAAAGUUCCUUUUAGUUAUUAAGGGUAUCUGCACACUGCGAUUGAUGUAUGUCUAAACCUCUCUCUCUUUACAUUAAGGUUAUGCAUUGUACUUAUUACUAAAAGUAUUAUAGUUGUAAGAUAUAAAUAACAUUGUUGUCAACAUUUUGUGGCAUUCAUUUUUUAUAGUUUUAAGGAUAUUGUAAUGUUUUAAAUAAAUACAUAUUUAUGACAA